AUGGCUACAGCAGCAGAUAAGGAUAAGGCAGCUGCACCGGCAGUGCCACUUGGACCCCUCAUCGACUUCAACACAUUCCCCACCUCGGCCUUGACAUCGUAUAUCGAGCACUACAACCUCGCUCCCGCCUACCCACCCCCACCAGCGCCGCGCGCCUCCUCCCACUCAUCCUCAUCAGGCUCUGAGGACGAGGAAGACGAUGAGGAAGAGGAGGAAGGCGAGGCGGGCGAAGAAGGAGAAGGAGUGGACGCUAGGACGGAGGAAGAGGUCUUGGCCGAAGCCAGUGGUAAGAGGAGAGCGGCCCUAGCUUCGGCAGCAGCUACAUCUACUUCGUACGGACCGCGUAGCGAACGUUUUCGAGCUCGCUCUCCUCCUGCUACGACUACGAAUACUAAUGGCAAUGGCACCUCAGGCUCGAGGAAGAGGACGGCUGCUCAAGCUCAUAAUGCUCAUGGGGAGAAGAGUGGGGCGGAUGGAGAGGCAGGAGGUAUAGGGGAGGAAGACGAGGAGUGCCCGGAUCGCUUCUUUGAUGAUGAGGAUGCCAAGAGCUACCUCAGCGCGAUUGCCCAGAAGCAUUUCGCCGGGCAGCCUCAGCCAAAAGAAGGAGAGGUGGUCGUGGGAUUCUUGUACCGUUGCAGGACAAGAGACAAAGCUCUCAAGAUCGCCUGAAGUGGCUCAAGGUCUCUCACGUAGUCUCGUGAAGCCUGUGUAAUUGUAUCACAUUGUCCAAGGAUAUCACAACAUUGGCCCUCAGCGGGCUGGCAUAUGGCCGGCCAGCCCCUCUUUGCCUUCGACCCUCCACACCUGCUCGACCCUCGUAGCUUCUCUUCCUCCGUUUGCCGGCUCCUGCUCAUCUCCACUCCCUCUCUUCUUCCUCUGCAUCUCUGUGACUACUGCAGGGCCGCUGCUGCAGACCAGAAGAGUCUGAAGAUGACUGCUAUCCCGCCAAAGUAGCUGAGGGAGCGAAUCCACCACAGGGUAGGGGUGGAGAGGAAGAUGUAGGAGAGGAUGAAGAUGAUGCGUG